GCCAGUUUUUAGUCAGACGGCGCCUCGUGCGGUACUAAAAGCGCUCAACCCAGAACGUUCUCGGUAUAGCGAUAUCAGCAGGAAUAUGCUGCGCCAGCUUUGCCCAUUGCUGCUGCUAGUCGCAUUGGCUCUCGGUCCUGCCAGGUGUCAUGCCAUGGCGCCGCAAAUCUCGGCCACGAGAUCGGAGAUCGAGGGCUCAGAGUUGCGGGCAAAGCGCGGCAUCGUCACUAUUGACUUGGGGAUGAUCCUGAAAAAUCUGCUGCUAAAGAGUGCCCAGUUCUCCAGUGCAAAGGCCAGUCUGACCCACCCAGGGAAACGUCCCACGACAACAAAAGCCACAACAACAACAACAACGACGACUGCACCGCCAGUCCAACCACGAACUCCUCCGCCUCCACGCCAAAAACCGAUCUGGCAGCCGCACGGCUACUAUUCCUUCGGUUACCUGCCGUUUGACUACGAAACCGACUAUGGAGAUCCUGUGGCAAAGGCACAGGCACAGGCACCACAGUCAGGCUCACCCCGACGCCCCCUGCACCCCUCGUAUUUACAAAGGAAAUCUGCUGGUCCGGCUGCACCAGCUAGAUACGAAUAUGAUUAUGACUAUGAUGCACCGCCUCCACCAAAACCAACACCAAUACCGCCGCCCCCACCAUCACUCCCUCAACGUCCACAUCCACGUCCACGUCCCCGUCCCCGUCCGCAGCCCCGACAACCUCUGCCUGAACCACAGCAGAUACGCCGCCCAUCGGCCCAGCUGGGCGAUCGUCUAGUCUAUCAGUACGCACAACCUACUGAUACCUACUAUAGGCCAAGCGGGCUCGGCGACGGAGUUGCUGCGCAGGGGGGAACGGUGGAAACGGAAUACGCACCGGAUGCUGAAGAUGUAGACGGCGCAGACGCGGCAGCAACUGCGGACAACUAUAAUGGUGCAUAUGUGAAUGGAAACCCUGGUGCUGACCCACCGUGGUUUUUGGUCAACUAUGCGAACGAGAACGAUGUGGCUGACUUCUCCAGAGGAUCGUCCUCUGGCCAAAAGGACCAAGCAACGCCGCCCCGAGGCGGUAUUCCUGUCCAGUCCUCGGGGUACGUGUAAGAUCCGAUUUCCUAAUGAAGCCUUAGAAUUAUUCGUCGGAAAAUGUACAGCAAAAAUAGCAUUAGAUAUAUAUGCGUAUGUGUGUGUGUGUGU